CUCUCUGUUUCCAUUUCCUCCAUAUGAAGUUUGUAAUCUCCUUGUUUACAUUUUUCUUUGAGAUUGGGAGGAUCCACUUCUAUCUUCAUGCAUGUAAAGUUUUUGGACAUCCUAUAUUAAUGGGCUGAAGGAACUUGUCUUUCUUUCCUAUAAGAGGAGCCAUCAUAGAAUAGAAGAGCAAAUCGCUUAGACAGAUACGAAAGGGUGGUUGGGGUUUGGAAUGUUGCAGAGAGCCGCCAGCAAUGCUUAUUCAUGGUGGUGGGCUAGCCACAUCCGUACCAAACAAUCCAAAUGGCUCGAGGAAAACCUCCAAGACAUGGAGGACAAAGUUGGGCAGAUGUUGUCAAUCAUCGAGAAUGAAGGCGAUAGCUUCGUCAAAAGAGUCGAGAUGUAUUACAAGCAACGCCCCGAGCUCAUAAACCACGUGGAGGAUUCUUACCGCGCCUACCGAGCGCUUGCCGAGCGAUAUGAUCACUUGUCUAAAGACCUUCAGAGUGCUAAUCGCACCAUCGCCACUGUCUUCCCUGAAUCCGUCCAAUUUUACGAUGACGAUGAAGACGAUGCCUCCCUCGGAGAAACCCCCACCCGAGCCGAAGAUGGAAAGCCAUUCGCCUCUCCCAAACCCCCCAUUGGUGCAUUUCCCAAAAAGGUCCUCAGGACGCAAUCCACAUUAGGAUCCCACCACCCUAAUCACAAGCCCGCUCUCAUGCGAUCAAUAACCUCAUUCCCAGUUGCUGCCAGCUCAGGCUUUACAAAAGAAGAGGCAUUGGAGGAGAUCGAUAAGCUUCAGAAGGAGAUUUUAUCCCUUCAGACGGAGAAGGAGUUUGUGCAGAGCAUCUGCGACCGAUGUAAUGCAAAAUGCGGCAAGAUUGAGGAUAGAGUGAGCGAAAUUCAGGAAAGGAUCCACAAGCUACAGGACGAGUUCGACAUUAGCAAUGUCCUUGAUGAUGGAGAAGCUCGAAGCUUGAUGGCCACAACAGCAUUGAGGUCGUGUAAAGAUGCUCUAAUGAAGCUACAAAGGAAGCAAGAUCAGAGUGUUGAGGAUGCCAAUGUCGAGAAUUCGAAGAUCAAAGCGGUUCAAAAAAAGUUUAUUAAUUUGAAAGGUGAGAUUUUGAAGAAUUCUGAUGAACAGAUGGAAACUAUUAUUGAAGAGGAAGAGGAAAAAGAAGAAGAAGAAGAAGUAGAAGAAGAAGAAGAGGAAAAAGAAGUAGAAGAAGAAAAAGAAGAAGAAGGAGGAGGGAAACAGGAGGAGGAGGAGAAGGCAGAUUUGGAUGAAGUGGAGAGUUUGAAGAAGAAGAUAAGGAAAGAGCUGGAAAAGGAAUCCCCAUCGAUUGUUACGGUGAUGCAGUUGGCUGACAAGAUCGAUCAGCUUGUUGAGAAAGUGGCGGUAUUGGAGACAGAAGUUUCAUCUCAGGGUGCUUUGGUUCGUACGUUAAAAUCUAGUACAGAGAAGCUUGAGGCCCGGGUGACGCGAUUGGAAGAAGAGAAGGAGGCUCUUAAGCAGAAUUCAGAGAUGGUGGGUUCCAAAUUGAAGGAUUUUGAGGAUGAAUUAAAUCACGUGAAACUCUUGAAUCAGACAAUUCAGGAACAGAACAAUCACCUUCAGGCAGAUUUUUCCAAAACGAACAGCAAAAUUGAACAUUUGUCAAGAAGGUUGAAGAAAGUUGAGCUUCGUGAAACAGAGGAAGCUUCAGGUCAGGAAAUGAAAUCCAAACCAAACUCCAUAAAUGAAAAUAAUGAAUCUUCAGAAACAGGAGAAGAGAAAGUGGAAGAAGAAGAAGAAGAAGAUGAGCCAAAUUGGAAGAAGAUGUUGAAAGGGGAUAGGAAUGAAAGAGAGAAAGUAAUGAGGGAAGAAUACACAAACGUACUGAGAAGCUACAAGGAUGUAAGAAGAAAGCUUGGAGAUGUGGAGAAGAAGAGCAAAGAUGGCUUCUUUGAAUUGUCCCUACAAAUCAGGGAGUUGAAAAAUGCUAUAGCAAACAAAGACGAAGAAAUUAUAUCUCUUAGAAAAAAUGAAAUAUCUUCACCCAUUGGAGGAGCCACCACAAAUCUCAAAGUGUCCCCUGCAGAAAGCAUAGCAAAUAUGAUCGGGUACCCAGAAUCUGACCUACCAUCGUAUUGUUCCCCUGCUCAAACCGACACGGCAAGAAAAAGGCCAAGCGAAGAAGAACCUUCGUCAUCGCCCUUGCCCAUUUCGGCGGUGGAGCAAAAGAUACGAUCCGAGAUAGACAAUCUCCUCGAAGAAAAUCUAGAGUUCUGGCUUCGGUUCAGCACAUCAUUUCACCAAAUACGAAAAUUCCAGAAUUCUGUUCAUGACUUGAAGGGGGAAUUAGCUCAACUAAUGGACAAUAAACGUGCAGACGGAACUGGGAAAAUAAUUCCAACUCUAAUUCAGGACGCUCGACCGAUCUACAAACAUUUGAAGGAGAUACAAAAUGAGCUAUCUCUAUGGUUGGAGAACAUAAUGGUGUUGAAGGACGAACUUGACGCCAGGUCCAAGUCCUUGUGCGGGAUUGAGGACGAACUCUCCAGAAAAGCGACGGAUACAGUGGAUAACGAGCUGAGCGAAUACCAAGCAGCGAAGUUUCAAGGGGAGCUUAUGAACAUGAAGCAGGAAGGUAGCAAAGUUGGGGAAGAGCUGCAUAUGGGUUUGGAAAGGGUGAAGGCAUUAAAGUCCGACAUCGAUAGGGUUGUUUUACAGCUUGAUGUGGAGAUUGGGGCAAAGCAGAGGUCUUUCUCAAAGCCAAGGAUUCCAUUGAGGUCGUUCUUGUUUGGGGUGAAGUUGAAGAAGAAGACUUCCAUGUUUUCAUGUGUUAGUCCUGCACUGGAUAGACAGUUCAGUGAUCUAGAACCAAGGCAUCGGGACUAAGAAGAAAGUGAAAUAAUAUUCUCUUUGUUAUCCUCUGUUUCAUGAAUUUUAGUUCAUUUUCUUGGUUUCUUGAGAUGCAAUAAUGGUUUGUUUUGUGUUAUGUGCUCUCUGUGUAUGUGUAAGUGAUUCUGGAAGUUCAUAUAGUAUUUAGUGUACAAUUCAUAUAGCAUUUACAAAAAAAAAUUGGUUUGGUUGUCUUAUGAUGUAUUUGAGUCUUCCUUUAUAUCUCGAACUCAUUUGUCAAAUAGAGUAACUUGUAGCAUA